AUGGCUGCCUCACACUUGCCUAUGCAACUCUCUAUCUCCACCUCCACCACCAAGACGCAACUUGACGCCGCCGCACAGACGCCACUGGCCGGGGCCCAAGGGCUGACCCCUCCAGUCACUCCAACCAUUGAGGAUGGGAAUUCCUUGGAGACUGCGACCCCUCUCCCAUCAUCAACUGGGUCGAGUACCAUCCUCUCCCCCGUUGAACCAGACCCCACAGACGCCUGCUUAGGUGCCCAGACGGUGGCGGUGUCCAGUCCACCUCAAUUUGCCCAAGAAUUGGAAUACCAACUGGACCCCCGCGGCCGUCCCGUUGAAUUCGGACGCGGUGCUUGGAGUGUCGUCCACAAGGCGUUGUCCUCUACCCCCGCGGACGAAUCGCAUUCUCCCACGACCCCACCCAGCUCGUCCGCACCGGUAGGCCGUGUGGUGGCGGUCAAAUCCCCCGCAAGACGCGACGCUCAUGCGGUCUUGCAUGCAGAAGCGCUUGCCCUCACUCGCGCCAGCCUUGUCCCCGGCUCGGAACAUCACCUCGUUCCCUUCCAUGGCUACAUCGCGGACUCGCAUUCUAUCGUCAUGUCGGCCGUUCCCCUCUCUCUAUCAAGCUAUAUCGAGGACAAAGCCCGCAUUGCCCAGCAGAACAAGUCCACGAAAACCAUGUUUGAUCCCGUCCAGGGAAUGGCUCAGUGGCAUGAUCUUGCCAAGAAGCUUGUGACUGGACUGUCCUGGCUCCAUUCAGGACCUCAGCUUGUCCAUGGCGAUAUCAAACCCCACAAUCUCUUACUCCAGCCACGCCCAUCUGUCGGGGAUGACCCAGACUCUGCCGAAUUCCCAUACGAGCCGUUGUUUGCGGACUUCUCUUCCUCCCAUCCUAUCACUCCACCUGCCUCGGAAAAGGCGACCGCAACCUCUCUCACGGCUCUGACGCCUCCUUUCGCAGCCCCAGAGCUGCUCUGCGUCUCCUCGCUGUCGUCGCCGGACGUGGCGCCAACCCCGGCCUCGGACGUCUUCUCCCUGGCCGUUACCCUCCUCGCGGCAGCAACCGGCGAUCUACUUCUCUAUCCAGGAACCAGCAGCAUGCAGCGAUUAGCCAUGGCUCGUGAAGGCCAUCGUGUGAUCGAGUUUACCCGCUCUGGACCUAACGGCUCGCGUGUACCUCGCAAUGGAACGGUCGAAAAGAUCCUUAAGCCUGCAACCUCUAAAGAUCCAAUCGAGCGCAUCCUCCCCGGUGAAUGGGUGCAGCUCGCGCAAACCGUCGCUUAA